UAAAAAAAUAUGGACCAAACUCUGUUCAAAGCUCUGGUGAUCUUGCUCUGGAAUUAUUGGAUUUUAAUGGGUUCUGUUAAGGGAGGCAUAGGAGACAAUCAUGUCCACUCCAGUUUUAUUUACCGGAGGUUGCGGAACCAUGAGAGAAGAGAGAUCCAGAGAGAAAUUCUUUCCAUUUUGGGUUUACCUCACAGACCCAGACCUUUUUCACCUGGAAAACAAGCUUCUUCUGCACCCCUCUUCAUGUUGGACCUCUACAAUGCUAUGACGAAUGAAGAAGAUACUGAAGAACUGGAGUAUUCGCUGAGGGAAUCGCUGGGUGGAGAAAGCAAAGGGCUAAGGAAGGGAUACCCUGCAUCUCCAAAUGGAUACUCUCGAAGAAUACACGUAUCACGCACAACUCCGCUGACCACACAGAGCCCUCCCUUAGCUAGCCUGCAUGAUACCAACUUUCUGAAUGAUGCAGAUAUGGUCAUGAGCUUUGUCAAUUUGGUUGAAAGAGACAAGGAUUUUUCCCACCAACGAAGGCAUUACAAAGAAUUUAGAUUUGACUUGACUCAGAUCCCCCAUGGAGAGGCAGUGACAGCCGCUGAAUUUCGAAUUUACAAGGAUCGGAGUUACAGUCGAUUUGAGAAUGAAACCAUUAAGAUUAGCAUUUAUCAGAUCAUUAAGGAGUACCCAAACAGGGAUGCAGACCUGUUCCUUUUAGACACAAGGCGGGCACAAGCAUUUGAUGUUGGAUGGCUUGUGUUUGAGAUCACGGUGACCAGCAAUCACUGGGUGAUUAAUCCACAGAAUAAUUUAGGAUUGCAGCUCUGUGCAGAGAUGACAGAUGGUCGCAGUAUCAAUGUGAAAUCAGCUGGCCUUAUAGGAAGGCAUGGUCCUCAGUCCAAACAACCAUUCAUGGUUGCAUUCUUCAAAGCCAGUGAAGUUCUUUUUCGAUCUGUUCGAGCUGCCAAUAACAAAAAGAAAAAUCAGAAUCGCAACAAAUCCACCAGUCCUCAAGAUUCAUCAAGAAUGCCAAGUGUUGGUGAUUAUAACACAAGUGAACAGAAACAGGCCUGCAAAAAACACGAACUCUAUGUGAGCUUCCGAGACCUGGGGUGGCAGGAUUGGAUUAUAGCUCCAGAGGGUUAUGCUGCAUUUUAUUGUGAUGGAGAAUGUUCAUUUCCUCUUAAUGCCCAUAUGAAUGCUACAAAUCACGCCAUAGUGCAGACUCUGGUCCAUUUGAUGUUCCCUGAUCAUGUCCCUAAGCCUUGCUGUGCCCCAACGAAACUGAAUGCUAUCUCUGUGCUCUACUUUGAUGACAGUUCAAACGUUAUUUUGAAAAAGUACAGAAAUAUGGUGGUGCGCUCGUGUGGUUGCCACUAGGAUACAUUUGUGAAACAGAAGGUUUUGAAGACCAGGAAUUGACUACCAGUUGUGCAAAAAUGACCUCUCAAAAUUAUCCGCUCUAUUUGUGGGUAGAUAAAUUGUGUGUGUGUGUGUGUGUGUGUGGGGAGUGUUUUACCAAAUUUUUCCCAACAGGAGGUGAAAUUCUCCAACAUCAACAGUACCAGGAGCACAGCGUCUUUUAUCCACCCCUCCCCACCCCCAGUAAGGGUGUGUUGUGUUGUGUUGUUUUUGCUUGCUGCCACUGCAAGUGGUAACAGUGGCAGUAGCAACAACAACAAUUGUGUUAGCGGUGUGGCCACUAUUUUGCAUAUGCCACAAUGCCCCAAAGCUAGAAUCAUUCUGGGGGAUUGUGGGUUUGGGGAGGAGAAAUGGCAGCUGCCACAAAUAAAUGCUGGAGAAUAUUCACACAAAAUCUUGGUUACUGGCCUCCUUUUUUUCCAGGAGGAUGAGAAAAAUAAAAAGCUCAGAAAUCAAAUGUUCUCAGGAAAAUGACUUCUGAGAAAUUUUGGCUCAGUUCUUGAAUUUACAGUACAGGCGCAAGAUUGUUUCCGUUCUUUCUCUCUCUCUCUCUCUCUCUCUCUCUCUCUCUCUCCUUCUCUCUUUGGAGAAAAAGAACUCUCAACAACUUAUUCCAGUUUGUGUCAUUUCUCAUUUCAUGUAAAGUAUUAUGUACAUAGUAGCUUUUAUUUAUUUAAAGGUAUAUAGUUUCUUUUGUAUGGAUGACAUUUCAAAUGCUUUAUUAUAUGGGUUUAUCGUAGUACGUACUAGAACAUUGAAGGCAGAUUUUUAGUUAAUCAUGCUUAGAUUUAUUUCAUUUUUGAAAAUAAAGCCUUUGUAUUCUCUCUCUCACUUACUCUUUCUUUUUUUAAGCUCAGAAACUCCAGAACUCCUAUGACUGUUUUAUAUUGUUAAAGGAAAUUGAAUACAUUUGGCUACAUUGUGCCAAUGAAAACUCUGGCGGGCUAUUUAUUUAGAAAAGGCACUGAGAAAGGGCUAAAAAAAAUGAAAUGCUUAGCUAAACACAAUUCUCCUUUUAGAAGUUCUACUCCAUUAGAUAAAGUAAGACGCUGAACCGUGUUUAAAUAAAUAAAUGGUAGGUUAAAUGUAGAGGCUGAAAGAUUGCACAUAAUUGUUAGAGCUAUUUUCUCUAGCAUAAUCAUUGUAACCAUAGGAGCCAUGUUACUUCUCUUUGCAUGUGGGUUGCAGAGUUUGCUGGAGGCAUGAAGCUUUGGGAGUUCUGUGGAAACAGCCUUUUGCCUGUGUCCAGAACUUUCCAAAUUAACAGUAUGGAGUGGGAUGAGGGUGGGGGAAUGUAGCACAACCUUUUUACCUCAAAGAAAUGCUGUUGGUCUAUUAUCUCUAACACUACUGCAAUGUAUUUGUUUGUCUUUAGAGACCCAAAAAAUGACAACACAUGAGCCAGCCUCCUUUCUAAGUGAGAGUUAAUGAAAUGGAGAGAAAACAGAGCAAGAAAUGUCUGAUACCUUCAAACCAUUCUCAUAGAACGCUAUUUAAAUUAAUAAGAAUGUCCACAUACUUAUUCCUUAAAUCGCUUCCAUUACUGUCCUAUGCAUGUCUACUCGGACGUUAGCCCCAUUGAGUUCAAUGUGAUCUAUUCCUAUGCUCACUAGCAUUGGGAGUUCAUGCCAUUCAAAUCACAGGGCCUUACUUUUGAGUAAACGUGUUUAGGCUUGUGGAGCAGUACUAAUAAGAUAUGUGUGUGGGAUGGGGUGAGAGAACAGACUGUAGGAGAAUAAUGCAGUCAGCAGUAUGUAAUUCCAGAAAAAAUUAAUCUGUCUAUACUUUAUUUAAUAUGGCAUACAAUAUUAACCAAUUUACAAAAAGACAGGACAAUAAAAUUUCACACACGAAAGGUUCUUUGCGAUUAUUACAAAGGCUUGACAAUGUUUGCAGUCAAUUAGACUGUUUAUAUGUGAACAUGUGUCAUUAUUAAUGGUAAUAUUCUGUUUUACUUCUUCUACAUGAGGAUAUCUCUCCAGAAUAAAGAGUGAUCUACGGGCGGCCUAAUCACUUCUCCAUUGCAGUUGUUAUAUUUUUUUAAUCUUUUAAAAUCUGUUGAAAU